CGCACCAGGCCACACAGCACGCGCAAAAGCAGACCACACAGCAGACAUGUCCCUGAUGGAUCUCCUACAAGAUUGCGGAGACGACGAUGACGCCGGCAGUGACAUGGACGUGUGUAUAGGAAGCGACCCUCCCGCCGCCGUGCCGGCGGUGUUCGGAGGAACCAAUAGCCUUCCGGCUGGCGGCACCUCCUUGGCACCCCAAGAGGACGAAGCACAAGGGGCCGGUGACGAAGCACGAGGGGCUAUGGAUGGUACGCUAGACCCUAUCACUAACGCUCAGAGCAAAACCGUUUCUGGUGGCGAUGGCAUAAGACCUCUUCGUGAAGCAGCAGAACAAGGAGAGACGUCCGAUACACCACAGAGGGCGGAGGGAGGCGCAGCUGGCCCAGCUCCUCCUGAGGCUAGCGGGCGUACACCAACGGCUGGCAGUCCGGCGUACAGUGCCGAAGCACUGUCCGCAAGGCUUGCCAUCAUUCCUCUCGAGGGGAGCGUCGACGACGUGGCGGCCGCAGUGGUGGAAGCAUGCCAGGAGUUUGGAGCAGUGAUGCGACGCUGCGACUCCAAGAAAAGCAAGAAAGAGGCUGGCGGUCGUCUGGUGGCGGUUGGACUAGCGUGCAAGCACGCCAUGCCGAAUCGUCAGAAGGAGUACAGGCAGGGAGAUGCAGCGAACGGCGCCAAGAAACGGAAGUCCAGCAGCCAGAGAACAAACUGCAAUAUGAAGGUGUACGUCCGAUGGCCCGUUCAAGGUCCGCGUUCCGACCACCCGUACCUGGCCUUCACUACGUUGGAGCACGAUCACCCGGUAUCCCCCCACCCCCAAAAGACCCUGAAGCGCCGACGCCUCGGCGGAAAAACGGGCGAUACAUGGGUUUCUGUCCCCCCCCCAAAUGACCCCGAUUUUCGAUUAAUGGGCCUGUACCCUCGCGAAGACCCUAGUGCAGGAGAGUGACGACUGCCUUGUUGAUGUUGCCACAACACGUUCGUCAGGAGGAUUCCCUGAAUGUCGCGGCUCAAGUUGUUUCUUUUCUCAACAAGGUAUGCUUGCGGCAGCUUCAGUGCACGACCCAGUUGGUAUGGAUCCAGAUGAAAAGCCACGCGAGAAAAUAGCGACAGGCGCCCGCCCUUGCCCCGUGUGGAUUUCGAAGCAGGCAAACCGACGCUUGACGGACAUCAGCUGACGUGUCCAGCCUUUUGCCCACAACGCAUCAACACGCAGUAACUUCUGGUGGGCAGGUCGACACCGACGUGCGCCGGGAUUGAGCCACAUCGAUGUUGGUUAUAUAUAUAUAUUAUAAGUUGUGUAGUGUGGUGCUCAAGUCACAUUACCACGUCGGAAAAGUGUCUUUCCGAGGGGCAUGGGGACAUGUCACGGCAUACUGCAGCAAGUGAACUUGUGUUGGGCAAAGUGUAGCGAGCGCUUUCUGGCUGCUGUUUGGUGAAGGUGUUGGCGUCAGUGGGGAAACAUGCAUAAAUCAAUGCACCGGGACUAUUACGGUGGAACACAA